AUGAUUAUGUUGACUCGUCCUGGUCGCUGGGGAUCUGCAGCGGAAGAGAUGAACAUCACACAAGGGGCUAAUCCCAAUGCGGAAAGAACCGUGUUUGGUUCGACGGACGGUGCUCGGCCCCUUCUGGCUGCUCGGCCUACACACAAAGACACACCACAUUCGUUUAAUACGAGGCGAUAUCAACAGGCCCAAUCGUACUCGUUAAUUCGCACACGGGACAUAUCCGAGACGGGAGACCCGAGACCAAUAGUGUGGAAUUUCAGAUUUGACAAGGUAUUUGAUGAUAUAAAGAUGGGGUACGAUGAUCACGUUCGUGGUCUGCUCAACUCGCGCUGUGGCCGUUCUGGCGUGCCCGCCACGCUCUCUCCAACUCCUACUGCUGACGCAUUUUCCCUUACCAGCCCCCGGCACGGGCCCCAUACGUCGCCGCACCUGACCGAGCGCUCAGAGUCUCCGUCGUGCUAUUCCCACCAGAUGUCCAUCGACGAGUCGUCUUCAGACAUUUCAGACGACAUCUCUCCUUACUCGUCCAGGCUCCAUCCAAAGAGAAACGACAAGUAUACGAGUUAUGUCGAUCCAAUGAGAGACUCGAGCGAUGACGAGCGCACCGAGGCUCAGUCGGAGUCGGAUGUGCAGGCUUCAGCUUCCAACGAUACCUUGUCUGACAACGGCAUGCUCCGACCUGUUGAGAGCGAUACCUCGGUCUCUAGCGCCCUCUCGGCCGAGGCGGAGUCCACUCCGGACCCGAGACUUUCGUUUUUAGGCCCCAAGACUCGUAUGAUUUCCAAGGCGCCUUGGGAAGAAGAUGUCGGAGCAGACGAAGAGGCCUUGUCCGACACCGAAGCACCUGCGGAUGCACUCAGCCUCUUUGCGGGCAAAUUCAAAGGCAAAGCUCGGAGCCAUAGCAAAACCUUGGAGAGACGACUUUUAGGCGGAGGCUGGGCUAGAACUUCGUCUGACACCCGCCCGUCUGUCGAUUCGUCCAAACGAAGCAUGGAGUCCUCGGUCGCGUCGUACAUCCAAACGCCCACCUCUCCUCGUAACGGCUCAUUUUCAGACGCUAUCCGAGGUGUUGGUGGCCGCAGUCUGUCGUCUUUUAGUGCAUCCUCAGCUGCGUCAUCGGGAACGAGCGCUGUUCAGUCAAUCUUCCCGGGUAUUCGUCCCAGAGGUGGUUCCAACGCGGGUGUUCAAAUUAACGCGUACCAUUUGGAUUCCCGGGGGCCAUCACCGGUUUCUCCUUCGUCUCCUACCACCCCAAAUUUCGUUCACCCAUACGCCAAUCUGGAUUUAUUAUCAGCCGGUGCUAGUAACGAUGGAGCAGUGUCACCGUCAAGGUCUAAUUCAAGCGCAACACUCACUGCAUCCACGGCUUCCUCUUACGUCACUCCUUCCUCCACGUCGUCCUCUGCCACUUUACCUGAACAACAUGAAUCAUCAUCCAACUUGAAGAAAGAGAAGCAUCGUCCCCCUCACAUUGCUGUCUUGCCCCUGGGUCGAGGGGCCUCCUAUACAAGCUCGGCCAAGUCCCCCUCUGCCCUUUCUAUUAGCUUUGUUCCAACCUCCCCUCCCCCAAUGUCCGCUUCUGCUGGAGAUGAUGUCGUUGUACCUUCUGGCAUGCUUGCGUUCCCUGGUUCUCCAGCUUGCAACCUGAUUUCUCUGGAGCAAGCGCAGAUGAAGGUGCGCGAUCGAAGUAGGAGUAUUACCAGUAAUACUUCUCAGUUCCCGAUUUCCCCUCGUCCCAAGGAAGUCAUUCAUAAGAAGUCCAAGCCAACGUUAGGCCCGAUCGGUGGAGGCUUUUCGUCGACCAUCAGUAGUGGUGGUUCACCAGCUCCUGAAGACGCCCGUGUCCGGACGGUCAGUGCUGGCAAUUCCUCACGUACUCGUACUCGAGGCUACACCGUCACGUCCAUUGCGUCCCAAUCUACCACGAGCAUCAAUAUUGUUCCAGGCACCGCGAUUGAGAACAUUCCAGAGCCAAGGUCGACCCAGCCCGGCACGCCAAUGGAAACCGCUCCUCCGAAGCAGCUCAAGGCCAAACGCAGCGGAUUCCUGAAGUUCUUCAAGAAUGGUUCUGGUUCUGGCUCUGGUAACCCCAAUAUCAGUGCACCAAGCGCCCCCUUCCAUGUUUCUCACAAUGGAAUGGAUAUGCCACCUGUUCCUAAGGUGCCUGCUCAAUACCAAGCACCAAAGGUUACCAGUCCUCUGGAGUUGGGCGCUCGUAAGGAACUGCCGCCUGUAGUCGUUUGCUCUCCCACUCUUGGUCGUGCUCGUUCGCUUGAAUGGGCACAGAAUGUUAGUGAUGACUCUCAUACCUCUAUUGGAGACCACCAUGGCCAUCGCCAGAGCAAGUUCAACCAGCACCGCUCGAACACGGAGCCACAGCCCCCGGAAGUGGACGCGGAUUCCCAAGACCCAUCGUUUGGUAGUCUAAGACUUCGCCCAGUGUCGUCUGUGUUCAAAGGCAUGCCGGAAGACUACCUUACCGGUUCACCCAAGGUAGCUGCCAACUCGCGUGGAUCGAGCGAAUCCCGAAAUGGUGAUAGCUCUGGAUUCGAGGACUCGAAUGUGUUAUCCCCGGCAACUCCUUAUUUCCCGCAGUCGGCUCGCUCGUGUCGCACCCAUGUUUCGACUGCGUCCUCUGGAUCAGAUGCCCUUAGUUCGUCGGUUGAUCCUCGCACUCCGUCCACGUUCGGAUUCUCACCAGGUGUACCGCGGUCGUCUACCGAGUCUCAAUCGGCGAGUACUAUUGCGUCGUUGCGCGAACAGCUCAGGGCCUCGCGACAACAGGUCGAUGAGCUGGAGAGUCAGGUUCAAGCCUUGAGGGCCGAGGUCGAAGCUUCUCGAUGCGACAAGUGUGGACGUCAGCCUGAAGGUGGUGUUACCGGCCGAGCUCGCGCACCUACCGGAGCUAGCUGCCGAGCCUAUGACUGA